GAUGAACCUUCGUGUCAACCCAAGCUGGGGACCAUUUUGUCCCCGGACCAAUGACAAGAAUUAAUGGUUAAAUCGGGCUUGGAACUAACCAUCAUCUAGUUUCCAACCCGUUUUAAGUUCUUUGUAUUCAAACAAGAGCAGCCCAGCCACUCCCCUGGUUCUAACUCUGACUACAUAGCUACCGGCUUUAUCCACCGCCUUGUCAAAUCUCUGGAUAGGUUGCAGCAAACAUGGAUAGCAAAGAGCCUCUGGAGGCACCUCCUCCUUAUACCGCCGCUCCAACUAGUCUUGCUACCCUAGACGAGUUGCAGUUAAACUCCCUGACUUCUCAUCUUCAAUAUCAUAUCACGUCCCUUCCAGACCGCAUCCGCGCAACGCAACAAGCACGGAGAGUCGAGCAGUCAUUUAGUGAUGCAUCUCUGCUAGACCAUAUUGUUCCCGUCCUCGAGGAGUUCUUGGCCGACUUAGGGGCUCGACAUACUCCUAUUCCGCUGGCAACCCUUACCUUAGUCCCGGGUGCCGCAGUUCCUAAGAAUGCUAUCCUUAGCGGUUUAGAAGACAUGAAGCGACGCGGGGAGAUUUGUCGCGUUUCCAGAAUUUCCAUAAAAAGCCCCGGUAAGGACUCUAAGUCUGGCUCUGGUGCCCUUAGUUCUCCAGAGAUAAGCGAAGAUCCAAGCUGGGCCCCCGGACAGGAAUUUAGUGACUGGGGACGAUUUGAUGAGCCUGGUUCUUCGCUAGAUGGCGCUGCCGAAAAUAUUAAAUCACUCUGGUGGCGUGACGAGGAGAUGGCGCGCCGCCUCGCCGAUUACCUACAGCCGAAAAAGGAGAAAAAUCCAGAGGUUAAGCUUAACUCGAUAGUUCAGACUGUAGUUGAGCAAAGAUUACCACCGAAAAAGGAGAAGAAAAGCUGGUUCUGGGGAAAACGUGCAAGCGAGCAGAAAUCGCCGGAAUCAACAGUACCGAGUCCCCCACAGAUCGAUGCUGCGAAGGACAAUAUACAGGAAGAGCAGGAGAAACAGGGGGCUGACAUGACAGUUACAGCUGAAGAGGUUGCGUUCCGCCAGGAGAAUGAUCUCGGAAUAUGGGAGAGUAUCCGUGGAUGGGGUAUCGUCGUUGCAGUUAAAGUCAGAACUUGAUGGUCUUGGCCUUGGUGUGCUAAUUGGUGUACAAAAGAAAUACCACCUUGAUGGAAGUACAUAUAUAUAUGCAAUUAUUUUACCCCAUCUACGACAUGCCUGUAGUAAGCUAUAGAUGUGGCCGUUCUUACUCGAGUUUCAGUUUAUUAAAAAAAUCGUUAAUAUGUUAUAUUCAUACUGAUCGUACAUCUUUCAAGUGUUUCGGGAUCAUUUUAGUACAUAGGUAGC